AUGAUACCUAAAUGUUUUAUUGAAGAUAUUAUAAAUUGUAUUGAUUAUUAUAAUUUAAUUAUAAAACCAUCAUCAUCAUCAUCAAAUGGUGGACUUAAAUUAGAUCCAUUAAAUCCUAAACAAUCAAUGACUAUAAGUUUAAUUCAAGCUUAUACAAUUACCAAUAAUGUAAAUAAUGAUCUUAAUAAUAUUAUUGAUAUUAUUGAUAUUGAUAAAUUAUUAAGAAAUGUUAAUCGGUUAAUUAAAUUUAGAAAUAAUUAUAAUCAUAUUCAACAAAGUUGGAAAUUAUUUGUCAUGAGUUGUUGUAGUACCACCAAUAUUGAGAACGAUCGACAUAUUGAAAAUUAUAAACUUACAUUACCUGAUCUUAAAACAAUCAAAACAAACUUAAACCUAGACAACCCCCAAACCAAUGAAUCUUUCUUAAUAGAUAUGUUAAGUUGUUGUACUCAUGAUUCAAAUGGUCAUAUAUUAAAUUUCGAUUAUACAAAGAAUAAACAUGGACCUCAUAUAUCAAUUAAAGAUUUUGCCGAAAUUUUAGGCAAUUUAGGAUCAGCUUCAGACGAAUCUAGACUCUUGUUGGUUGGUGAACCUGUUUGUAAAUCAUUCCAUGAAUCCCAAACAAAAUUGAUCGACCGUCUAAUCCCCGAAAUCGGUUCGCAACAACAAGACGAAAUCACCCAAAAUGAAAUCAACAUCAACAGUGCCAUCCAAUUCGAUGAACUUCUAUCCCAUCUAGAAACGUCCUUCAAAACAAACACCUCCCUCGUUGCUCCUUCUUCUUCUUCAUCAUAUGAAUACCUUGCCUGUCCUUCACCUGAUGUCUUACGCGUUUUAUUCACUUUGGCUUCACGAGCACCGAAUACGAAUUGGACCCUGGGGAGUUCGAACCUAGAUGGAAUAGUCACUAGUAAUGAAGUGGUCAAGAGUGUGAAUAUAGGCUAUGAUACAUCGUUAUAUCGUACUUCGUUGAAUGAACGAAGUGGGGAUAUAAUUAGGAAUUAUGUUGAGAUAAUUAUAACUGGUAGAAUUAGUGAUAUUGGAAGAGAUAGAUUAUAUGGUAAUAUUUGUGAAUUUUUGGGAGAUUUUAUUACCACUAGACCGACUUCGACUUCUUCUGUAUCGGGUCUUAAUGGUAGGCCAAUGAGGAAGGCGGCUGUUGUUCCGACUGGGCCUGCUGUUCUUGCAAGUUCACCGACGAAGAAACGAGAUAUUAUGACUAUUAUUCGAGAAUCACCAAAGAAGAAGAAGAAGAACCUGGAUAUAAUUAUUCCAGAAAGUGAACUUGUGAUAAUCAGUGAUUCUGAACAAGAAGAAUCAGUGAAUACAGUUAAGAAAGAGAAUAAGGUUGAAGAACCAAGUAUAUCAGCCAUGGAGAAAGAAGUUCAGAAAUACCAAGAUUUUGGAUUAUCCAUAAAUAAUAAACCGGCAAAUAUGUUCGAAAUGGAAGAUCGAGGAAAUAUCAAGAAUCCAUUCUUAUUGUUAAAUGAUGUCGAUCAACCUUCAAAGAAAUCGAGAAAAGAUCAACAACAACAACAACAACCAGUUGUGAAAGAUAAAUGGGAUCAUAUUCGAAUUUUUGAUGAGGUUAUCUUGAGUAAGAAAUUAAAACCCACGAAUUUUACAUUAUGGAAAUUAGUUAAUUGGGCCAUGUAUUGUGCUGGGAAAGAUCGAGAUAUAUUUGAUUCAAAUUAUCGAAAUUGUCAUUUAAUUUAUCUGACUCAUAAUUCUGUCCUAUCUUGUAUAUUUUCCAUAAUUGAAUAUAAUCUUGUGGAAGAAUUGACAAAAUUAUCCAAACACCCUCAUGAUCCAUUGGAAUGGAUCUUCAACCAGUCGGAGAAUAUUCGAAGAUCGAUCUCACAACAAAUAGAAUCCAAUAGUGAUAUUCUAUUACUGGUCCUAAUGACUCAAUUAUCAUAUUUUAAACGAGGUUGGUAUGAUCGCUUGAUCGAGAAUGUAUUCAAUGGAUUCACCACUACUCAUUCUUCUUCUUCUUCUUCAACCCCAACCACCUGUUAUGAACAUGAAAAGUUCUUAUUACGAGAUGAUGAAAGUAUCAAACAAAAAACUAGACUUGUUCGAUAUAAUUAUUUUAAUGAUUUAAUGGAUUCGAUGAAACUUCGAUUUAAAAUCACCAAUAUGGUUUUUUAUUGGUCAUAUUUCUUUGAUUUCAAGACUCGGGAUGGAAUAAUUCGAAGUAAAUCAGAAUCAUCAAUUGGAAAUUCAUUAUCUCCAACUAUACUCAUCAAAGAAAUCGCUAGUCGAUUUAUAAAUAUUGAAUGUUAUUACUUAGAAGAAUUCUUCCAAUGCAUGUUUAGUCCAAGUGUUAUCCCUCAAAAGUAUCAUGAAUUAUUUUUAAUCAAUCUUUCUCAAGAAAUCUUGGAGAAAUUGACCAAUUCAUUCCAAUUAAAAUUCAAUCUUUGUGAGAGAUUAGAUAAUUCCGAUAUUACCAAUAGUAAUAAUGACUUGGAUUGGAGAAGAAAUAAAUUACGACUUGUACUUAAUUGGAUAAUCAAUGAUGAGAUCUAUGAACAAAUCACUGAGGAUGAAACAUAUCCUUCAUUUGCACAUUUUAAUCAAGCUUGGCUUAAAUUGAAUUUCCUCUUGGGUUGGAUGUUGGGUGUGGUAUUGAGAGAUGUGAAGCCAUGUCUAGAACUGUUGGAUAUUGAUCUGUUAUUGAAUACGUGUGUUUUGAUGGACGAGAGAAGGAUUGAGAAAUAUAGAACGUAUUUAACUCAGGUUGGUAUCAAGAAGUUUUCCCUUUCUCAAGAUGAAGUUAAAGAGAAGAUGGAGAAACAGAAAUGGGAGAAUUUUAAAGUGAUUAUGGAAACUUCCUUAUGA